UAUUUUUGGUUUAUGACGGGCCCGAUAGUUUUUUUAAAGGCCCAUAGAAGCCCAAAAAUUACAGCCCAAAGUCUAUUGGAAAAACCCUACAAACCACAGUAUAUAAUGCCGCUGCUCUCAUCUGCCGCCUUCUGAUUUCACGAAAGCAAGAAUGUCGAAGCGAGGGCGAGGAGGAUCGGCGGGAAAUAAAUUCCGGAUGUCGCUGGGUCUGCCGGUGGCGGCGACGGUGAACUGCGCCGACAAUACCGGCGCUAAGAAUCUCUACAUCAUAUCGGUGAAGGGGAUCAAAGGACGGCUGAAUAGGCUACCUUCGGCUUGCGUCGGGGAUAUGGUUAUGGCCACUGUGAAGAAGGGGAAGCCCGAUCUCCGUAAGAAGGUCCUUCCAGCUGUCAUCGUCCGACAACGCAAGCCAUGGCGCAGAAAGGACGGUGUCUACAUGUACUUCGAAGAUAAUGCUGGAGUCAUUGUGAAUCCUAAAGGUGAAAUGAAAGGAUCUGCCAUUACUGGUCCUAUUGGAAAGGAGUGUGCUGAUCUUUGGCCCAGGAUUGCCAGUGCUGCCAAUGCUAUCGUUUAGAAGUAUUGAGUUUCUUUCAAUUUUCUAGUUCUUGUUGGUUUUAAAUUGGAGCUCAACUUCAGGAUAUGAUCAUUUUUGUAAGGAUUGCUUUAUAAAAUUUUAAAAAUUUGAUUUGA